CCAAAUUCAGAAUUGGAACCCUAAUUCCAACCACUCUCACUCAAUAUCUCUCACCUUCACUCCUCCCAUAGCUGCUGCCCAACCCACCUCCGACCACCGCUGCGUCCAUUCCCGACCACCAGCAGCUGGGCGACCACUCUGGUCUCCGUCCACCGCGUUUCUGCUCCGAUCAUGCUCACAGGCGACCGCCAUGACAUCGAGCAUAAUUCUGUGGCGGUAUUUUGGCUUUCCACCAUGACCCGCCUCCGCAAUUGAUAACAACAAAGGAAUGGAAUGGUGUUUUAACAUACAGAGCUUUAUUAUUGUUUCUUCUUUGUUUCUCAUUAAAUAUAUGAAUUUUGCAGGUUCCUGAAUGGAAAUCAAUUAACAGGUCCACUGCUUGAAGAGCUUGGGUAUGUUCCAAACCUUGAUAGAGUACAAAUCGAUCAGGGUAAUAUAUCAGGACCUGUACCUACAUAUUUUGCAAACCUGAACAAGUAAAAGCACUUAAUUUGCCAUUGUAUUGUGGUUGAAGCAGUAUAUCUAAGAAAAGUAAAGAGAAAUAUUGUAUCCAAAUGGCAGCUUCAGCAAGUGAAGACUGGACAGUUGUUUUACCCCGUCGUGUCAGACAAAGAGGAAAAGCUACCAAAGUUGAAAUUUUUGAAGAAAAACAAGAAUCAUGGGCUCCAACAGAUUCUCAGACAGAUCCAAUCGGAGAAGCAGCAUUAGUGCAGAAAAUGGAAAGAAGUAUAAGUAGGAUUGGGAGCUCUCAGUUCUAUCAUACUUUCAUAGAUCAAAUCCAAACAUCAGCUUUUGAUUAUUUCCAUAGGGUGUUGGGCUCAGAGACAAAGAUGCCAAUGGUCUUUUAUGGCAUUGGAAGCAUUGAAUUGUAUGAGCCCCCUCAAUUGCAACUUAGCCUUGCAAUAUUGAUGAAAAGAGAUUUCAGUUGGAUUGGAAACAUCGAGGUAUUUGAUCCUAUUAUUUCUGUAACCGAGUCUCGGGUUUUGGAAGCUCUUGGUUGUUCUGUCAUGUCCAUAAACGAACACGGGAGGAGGGAGGCUCUAAGCCCAACAAUGUUCUUCAUGCCUCACUGUGAAGCAGAGUUGUAUAACAACCUACUUCAGGCAAAUUGGAAACUGAAUAACUUGAAGAACAUGGUAUUAUUUGGCAACAGCUUUGAAGAGUAUGAGCAGCAUGCGUCAAUAUGCAAGUACUCUCCUAUUAUUAACUCAAUGGGUCAUGUCUUGGCUGCCCGAAGAUUCACAAAAGAAUUUAGAAUCGAAACUAUUUCAGAUGAUUAUUAUAAUGCAUUCCAUGAUUCAAGUUGGCAUUUUUUCAGCCCUGUCCUUGAGUCAGAUCUGCAAUUUAUCAAUUCUUGAUGGAUGUUAUUUGAUAAGCCUACAUUUAUUUAAGGGAUGUAUUCCCAUAUCAAAAUUUUGUUGUAUUAUUGAUCAAGAAAAUGUUGUAACUGUUA